CUCAUUGCGACAACCGCAACAGCUUGCGCACAUCAAUCUCAUGGGCAUGAAGCCAAAAAUGAUGGCAGAACAGAUCCAAGACGGCGGCUGUUUUGCAGCUCCUGCAGCCACAUGUCAAGCACUCCUGUGGCAUGUCCAGACGACAACUUACCUUCCGACACUAUCAUACACCAAUCGACAAAGGUAUCGCCCUCGACGGCAUCUACAGCCAUGGAGCGCACCGCGACCCGAUCUGCGCUGUCCGCGCAGUCUGGGAAGAUGAUUCCACGUCGAUCAAUCGGCGCCAUGUAAAGCCGAUGAUCACCUAUCAAAGGUCGACUGUCUCGCCUUCAUGGCUCGAGGUUGUCAUCUUGCUGCGAGAGGAAAGCAUCGCUACCCGUCAGCUAUCUCAGAUUGGCCAGGUCGCCUGCUGAUGUGGAUCGAGCUGGACGUCCAGGCUGUUUGACAGCGAUGGCUUAAAGAGUGAAGCGAGGAAUCGCUGACAAAGAAGACUUUACCGUAUAUCUGUCUUACCACUGUCGACAAUGAUGGUGUAUCUGGGAUCACGGUCCCAUUCUUCUACUUCAGACGUUAGGCUUGGUGGCCAAGAGCUCCUUCAGAGCAGCCGUGAAUGCCAUUCUACGGUGCCAGCCGUGCAACUUGGUGAACAUGUUGAUCCAAUAUUGGCAGCCUCGUUGUGCAGGAGGGCUCCCACAGGUGCCGGCAGAACCGGAUGCGCGGUGUGAUGAACGCGAGGCCAAAACACCGCGCGAUGAAUUUCACCUGCGCCCUGGUGUUCAUGGAAAGACUGCCACACGAUCCAGUGAAUUUUCUUCCUCGCACUCGACCGCUAUUCUCGGUAUUGAAGUCCAAACGAGAUGGAGUACUUGAUGUCCCCCGAAGAGAUGGAGAACCAGUUCCUACAAGCACAGGAGUUUACACAGGGGAACGACGAACUACACCAAGAAAUCUUUCAAACCCUCCCGUCAGACCACUCCUACGUGGAUGGAAGUACCUCUCUUGGCCUAUGGAACGGACAGGACGACUAUGAUGUUUCCGGUCAUGGUUGUUUCGAUGAUCAAAGUCCGACACAACUCUCUGAGCUACAACAAAACGACGCAUACGGCGUGGGAGCGCCUACUCCACACACAGCCGCAGAGAAGGGCAAAGGACGGGCCACUCUCUGCCAUGCUGACUAUUGUCGACAAAUACCCCCAUUCCAAUCGCUUGAGGACCAAGGCUUCAAUGCAGGACUUGAACCCGCAAGUUACAACCAAUUCCAGCCGAUCCCACGACAAGCAAUGACUUCAGUCACCAAUGCAAGACUUGGUAAAUCUAUCUGCCACGAAUACAGAUAUCCACCCAUCACAGAAACAUCAAUGCCUUCGGCCAGUGAUGAAGAGCUUUUUCAAGCGACUAGCUAUUCAGAAAACACCAUGACUUCAGCUGAUGACGCUCUUUCUCCUACCACAAGCGGCACGGUCUACAUUAACCCAGAAGUGUCUCUCAGUCUUGAGGCUGCUGGACAAUACCUCCAAGAGCUCAACAUACUCGAGGACGGUGUAAAGGCCGUUUAUGUUGUAGUGGAGAACCACCUGUUUCGUAUCCAGAAUGAGCAAACUACGCUCUGGAAAAAAAAUCCUGACCUCCGGAGACGGGGUUUGAGGGGUGGCCGUGCCCGAAAGCAGAAUGCGACAGGAAAAGCCUUCAUCUCUAUCACUCUGGAGCCCCCUGCUGAGUAUAAACGACGGAAGGAAGUCGAAACUCAAGACUAUCAGGAUCGUACCAGAAGUUCUGGUCUCCAAAACCUCGCAGAUGUCUUUGAUAACUGCUACAACCUGAUCCACGAGCAGCAGAGGCUGGCUGGACUCGUUCUGAAGCAUGGCAAUACACUAACGAGCGAGAGCGCCGGUUUAACCGAGUUAGAGGAUGCCCGCACUCGGUACGAAACUGCAAUUGGGGGGAUUGACCGCGAGAAAAUGGACGAAAUUCAAGAGAUGUUGGAUACGUUCAACGCUGAGUUUCGUUGUGAUUGAAAGUACCUGGUAGCUAUGCACAUUGGACUACAUGCCAUGCCGUCAGCAUUGGGGUUGGUCUCUUUUUCUCGCUUACAUUGGCCUUUCUUGUUGGAAUUGGGCUGCAACUGUCACCAGGCCAGGUGGCUUCUUGUUACUAUUCACGACUCACGGCUGACUAUGGAGUCUUGGAGAGAACUUCUUGUGCAAUUGGUUGGGCAUUCUUGUGAACUCCGGAACGGAGAGUCUUGGACCGCUGUUGGUCAGAUUGGAACGGAAUGGAGUUGGUGCUUUUUGUACAACGUUGGGGAUACGCGUCCGCAAAAUUGCUAUCGACGACGGAGAUCCUGAUACCCCAGAUACCCAGCAUGGAGCUGAAGACGUUGCUGGAGCUCGGUGUGCUUCUUAUGCUACCUGCCAGGUAUUAGCAAGAGAUUGCCUGCCGCAAAUGCGCGCACACACAAUGUAAUACUCCAAUGAUGAGAAUACCAAA